AUGGAGACCGACACGUUGCCAUAUGACGCCGAUGGAGCAGCAUGGGAUGUUUGGAAGGUGCCAACCUAUCAAUCUGGUUGCAAGAACCAGACUUUUGAGGUAAGCUCAAAGCAUCCACCUGAGGAUGAUGCCGUUGCUCCGACGAUACCAUACGAUACCGUUUGCAACAUGGAUCCGGAGCUGGAAGGUGCAGUUGGUGAUGCCACCCUUGCAUACGAAGCAGGUGCUCCAGGCGAAAUGCCAGAAGUGAGCACUUUUACUAGCAUGCCACCGCCGGCAUGGUCACCCCCGGCAGCCGCUGCGAUCGACCAGGAGGCUCCUACCUUGGCAUAUGGGGACACACUUGUUUUGCAACCGGAAGAUGAUGCGGAUCAGGCAGCGCCGAUGGAACCUUGUCCGGAGGCAGUGCCAGAGGCAGUGCCAGCUCCCGCGGAGAUGGCGGAGCAGCCCAGUUGCAUAUCCAGAUCCAGCGAGUCCCCGCAGCCCCGCGAAGUGGCUGGAACGGGUCCACGAACUGAAAAGUCGGGUCACGGACGAAUUUCCGCAUCUGGUCUUCGACUUCGGCUCUGGCACAAACAGCCGCCGCCAACAGGAUAUGUUCCUCCUCGCAGAGCAUCUCGAGCAAAACCGAAGGCGCGCUCGUCUGCACCUGCAAAGAGGUCUGCGCCGUCAGUUGCUCCAGCUGAUCCUCACUCUGUCACCAAGAUGGUGGGUUGUAGAGUCUCCGUGACCGGUGAUGGCUGGGGUGGCGGAACGGGAGAGUACGAGGCCACAGUCGUGGACUCCGACGACCUUUCCUUGACGGUUAUUUACAGAGACGAUGACAAGAAAUGGAAGGAGACCCACGUUCUGCGCCAACACUGCGAUCUUCUUGACGCCCCUCAGGCUGAACCGGCCUCGCGACGAAGAACCAUCUGA